AUGACUUCUCAAAUUGAAAAAUUUUUUUCAGAGAUAGAAACAUUAAUCGAAUUACAAUUAGUUAAUGAAACUCAAGCACAAGAUAUAAAUAUUAGACGAAAAUUUGGUGAAGGAAAAGCUUUAAUUGAUAAACUUGAGGAGGAGGAUGAUGAACGAUAUACCUGUUAUAAAUAUCGAUAUCAUUCAACAUAUGCAAGUUAUUUAACGGCGAUUAAAAAGGUAGAUGAAGCCUUCAAGCAUGAAAAGUUAUUAGAAAAGUAUAAAGAUUUCAAACCAGAGGAAAUUAAUGUAGAUGGAAAUGAAUCUGAAUUAUUUACAGAUAUUGAAUCAGUUAAUCAAUCUUCCGAUUCUGAUAAAAAAUCUCUAGAAGAAAUAGUACAAGAGAAACUAAAAAAAGCACUAGGUAUCUUAGGUGAAAAGGUUAUUAAGCCUAUUGAAGAGAAUUUUGGUCAAUUAAAUAAGAUACCAAAAACCUUUGAUGAUUAUCAGAAACUUGUCAGUUAUGAGAAUUCUUUACUUAAAAAACUAGAUGUUCUAAUUAAUGAAGAAUUAAUUAUUCUGGACAAGCUUAAUGACAAUUUGAAUAAACUAAAUAUUGAACAGGAGAUGGAGAAAGUGAAUCAUCGUUUAAUGACUUUAGGAGAUUUAAAAGAGCUUGCAUGCCAAUAUGCUAAUCAAGCAGUUUAUUCAAGAAGAUUAGAUUUUAUUCACGAUACUUUAAAUUCGCCAGAUAAGAAAGCCAUAUUAUUUAGCAAUAUUAUGUUUACAGAAGAAGGAAUUAAUAAACGUUACAGAGAACUUGCAUUAUGUUUUCAUCCUGAUAAAACGAAAUAUUCUAAUACUCCAAAUCGACUUUAUGAUAAUGAUAAAUACCUUGGUGCAGAGAUCUUUAGAAUUGCACUAGAAAUUAAAAAAAGUUUAUUGACCGAUUUAGAGAGCGCUUCAAAAAGCAAAGGCAUACUUGAUUUUCAUGAAAAAAAGGCGAAUGAACAUUGGAAGAUUGCGAUCGAUUAUCGUAAUGCUCAUAAAGGAAACUAUAAUAAACUAAAGUUGUUAAAUAAAAGAGAAAUCGAGGGAAUUCCGCAUGAUGAACUGAGGCGCUUAAGCAUAGCAAAUGGAUUAUUAGCAUAUGAAGAAUAUCGGGCAGCUUGUAAAGUUGCAGACAGAACCAAAGAGUUAAAAAAGCAAAUAAAACUACGGGAUAAUAUGGCAUUAUGUUUAUAUAUAUCUGACCGUUUCCUUGAAGCUCAAUUAUAUGCAUUAUCAGCAAUUCGAUUAAUUUAUCAACAUUAUGACCAUAUUUCUCAAGAAGACCUUAAUGAGACACUUAAUGAGGCAAAACAAAUAUUUGACAAAGUUAGAGGAGAAGCAUCUCAAUUGAAUACUGACGCUAAGUUGAAAGAUGAUUUAAAUAGCUCACUGGCUUUAGUAAGUAUUCCGAAUCGGAGAGUACCUUUUUUAGAAAGGAUUACUAUUCGGAAAUCUAUUGACGAAGACAUAGCAAAAUUAUCAGCAGAAUUGAUGUUCAAACCAAAUCGUCAAAUUGUUAGUUAUCAAGCUCCUAUGGAAAAUAUUUUACAUACCAAAAAGCUUCAUUAUAUGCACACAACAAUUGUCGGAGGAACGAUGAUGGUCUUAGCAGCACCGGUAGCAUUAAUUGCAGGCGUCGUGUGCACAGUAUUAGCCCCUCUAAGUCUGGGAUUAUGGUCCAGUUUAGUAUUAUGGCCUAUACACAUAUUGACAAAAGGGGCCAAUAAUUUUCAAGAACCAGAAAUUCGUGAGAAACUCAAUAAAAUCAUAUCGGAUGCAAUAGAAGCUUAUGAUAAAGGAGAUUAUCAGAAAUUUAUCGAAUUACUUUCUAAAGAAUACAAAAAGGAUACGAGUAUUUUAAGAUUAAAUGACCGUGAUGAUGUCAUUGAUCCUAAAAAUAUAAUUAAUUCACUUUUGAGCCACGGUUUUAGAUCUGAUGGUAUUGCCUAUCUAUUAAAUUUGAUAGGCGAAGUAUUAUGCGGUGGUAAAAUGGAAAUUUCGAAUAAAAUACAGGAAGAUCUAAAUUCUAUGGGGAAAACUGCUUUUGCAGGAGUGUUAAAUGAAAAUCUUAUUAAAGAAGCUAAAGAAUUAGAUGAUCGCGUUCGUGCAUUAAAAGAGAAAUCUCUAAGAGGAUUUGCUAAUAAAUUCAUUAAUAAAAUUAUGGAUUUUUUGUUUCUUAAAACACAUAAUAAGUUAGCAGAAGAAUAUAUAAAAAAUGCCGAUGAACAGUCCUUUCGAUCAAGGUUGGAGGAAAUGCGCAAUAUCGCAAGAAUUAACAUUGCAAUUUUAGUACCAAUGAGAAAGCGAUCGCAAGGUUCAUUUUGUAAUGAUCAAUUUGUUAGCUCAACAGAAUUGCGAUUAGAAGUCUUGGAGGAUUUUUUGUGGAUUAUAGGUGUUUAUUCUAUCAAAUCAACAAAUCAAUUGAACGAGGAUCAAUUAGCUGAACAUGAUGGAAAAUACUUCGCUUAUCUGAAUGAAAAAUUACAAAAAGCAUCUACUAAUAAGGAAAAGGUAUUCCUCUAUGAUAAAUUGGCUGAUUACUUUGUGAAAUUUGCUGAAAGAGAUGAUACAGUCAAUCGAAUGGACAGCUUAUAUCAUUGGCAAGAUGCUCUGAAAAAUUACGAGAACAUACGCAAAAUAGAUCCUAAUAAUCUAGAUGCGACUCUUGGUUUUGCAAAAUGUUUAUUAAAUUUAUCCCAAUAUGAUCGGGUUAUAAAGCUUUCUAGAGCAAAUUCUUGGUUAACAUCAUCAGCUGAGUAUUGGUAUUUCUGCAGUGUAGCUUAUUGUAAAAAAUUAGAAUAUGAAGAUGCUUUUGGAUGUAUUAUUAAGGCGUUGGAACUAGAUCCUCAAAAUCCUUUGGCAACGAAACAGAAGGAACUUCUCGAUAGGCUAAAAAAUGAACAUACAAUUAAAAAACGCAUUAGUUGUUAUAAUAGGAAAAUGUAUGAUAUAGAUGAUUCAAAAAAUUCCUACAAACAUCUCAAUGAUAAUUCUGUUUAUAGAAUUCUCUCUAUUGAUGGAGGAGGUGUGCGCGGUGUAUUACCUGCUUUAUGGCUUAGUGAACUAGAAUACCGUGCUCAUAGACCCAUUUCUCAACUAUUUAAUAUGGUGACUGGAACUUCCACAGGCGGAAUCAUUGCCGCUGGGCUCUCAAUGCCACGCUUUGAGUUUCCGCCUCUUUCGACUAUAGAUUUAUUAGAAUUUUAUCAAAAUCAAGUGAAAUCUAUAUUUACAUUAAAUAACAAAUGGAAUAUAUCUAGCAAGUCAGCUACGAAAUAUACAGAUGAUGGCCGCUUUUCAAUGUUGUCCAAGUAUUUUGGAAAAACUAUGUUAAAUCAAGCAUCCACUGAGUUAAUUAUUCCUGCAGUAAAUGUAAACAAUCUAAGAUCACACUUGUUUACACGUUAUGAUUCACUUAAUAAUAACUCAAAAAAUGAUACAUUUGUUAAUAUUUUAAUGGCAACAACGGCAGCACCCACUUUUUUUCCUUCUUAUGAGAUAAAAGAUAAGGGCGUUUUCAUAGACGGAGGUGUACAGCUUAAUAAUCCUGCAUUAGAAGCUUAUGCAAUAGCUCGUAAAAAUAACGCAAAAUAUGAAAAAAUUACUGUGCUUUCUUUAGGUACUGGUAGUCAUAUGCCAGAUCCUUUAAACUCGGAUUUAUAUCAAGAUAUUCUUUUUUGGAAACACAAUAUAUAUAACAUAGCUUCAUCUGCGCAAGAAUGUAGCAUUGAUCGUAAAAUGCACUCUAUGCUGGGAAAUAAUUAUCAACGAUGGCAAAUUUCGUUAAACAAGCCGAUAGCAUUUGAUGAUUACGAUAGUAUUUCCAAUCUUUUAGAAUUAGGAUAUCAGUAUAUUGAAGAACUUGAUGCUUCAGAUGAGAAUGCCAUAAACAAACUAGUAGAGUCUUUUGAGAGUAGUUGA